AUGGGUUUCGGCACCCCAUCUCAAGUUAUUACAGGCAUCUUCGAUACUGUUGUGUGCAGACUCGAAACGCAGCAGUGUCAAGGAUCUAAACUUGCCCUGGGAGACUAUGAAUCCGCCAAAUAUGGCGAUGUCAAGAGGGUGCCGAAUUCGGGGUUCGCGGCUGGGUUUCAAAGUGGCGAUACAUGCGACGGGCCAUACAUCAGCACUUCUGUGAGUGUGGGAGAUGCCAAGAUCAAGGCCGCGCAGGUUGGCCUGGCAGUCAACGGGACUGUGUCCCAAGAUUCGGCUCAAUUUCCUGUUCUUGGCGUGGGCCCAAUUGAUGCCGAGCAGACGGUCGAUAACGCCAAGUACGCGAACCUGCCUCAGAGGAUGAAGGACGUCGGCUCGAUCAAUACAAACAUGUUUAGCGUGUGGCUCAACCCUACACCCUUCGCCAAUGGGCCCGUUGUCUUUGGAGGAAUCGAUGGCACUAAAUACGCGGGCCGGCUCCAAACGGUCCCCAUUGAGCCAGACAACUCUGGGAGGAUUUCCGGCUUUGUCGUCCGACUGAGCUCUGUUCAACUAUCCAUGAGUGGUCCACGUGGUGGUCAGCGCAAUGGCCGCCCCCAAAACCGUCAAUCAACAGUCAUGGAUCUGGGACUGGGCCGAAGUGAAGGAUUUACCUCGGUGAACACUGGUACUCCCUUUAUUGUUAUACCGAGUGGUUCCAUGGAGAACCUAGCCAGAGCACUAGACACCACUUUCUCGGAGAAGGACGGCCUGGGACUGGUUAACUGCCAGCUGGCGUCGGGCAAUAGUAGCUUAAUCUUUGGCUUUAACCAAGGACAGACCAUGCUUAGCGUACCGUUGGCCCGGACUGUUAUUUCAAAAGAGAUUUCAAAGACUUCACAGACUGGCAGUUGCGCGCUCGCCAUCGCUCAGCUGAUGAUCAACGUCAUGGGCUACCCCUUCAUGUCGGCGGUAAAUACAGUUUUCGAUAGGGACAGUGAGAGGAUGAUGUUUGCACAGGCUGUGUGA